UCUCAUUUGACCUUUGGAUUUCUCUGUGCAGUUGGUGAAAGACUGAAAUUCUUGCAAUUUUUCUCAAUUGAGUUAGCAAUUGUUUCUAGAUAACGUUUUUCAACAUGUACGGGAAUAUAUCAAAUUCAAACAUCAUCGUCCUCAUAUGCUUUUGCACUUGGUGGUCGACUUGUAUUGUGAAAAGUUUAGGUGCCGGCGAGCAGUGCAUUGAAGGUGUUUAUCACAAGUCAAGACCUACACCAGAAACAGCCGAAUAUGAAUUUUGUAAACCUUGGAAGAAUCUGACUUGUUGUACCACACAACUUGACAACGAAGUUGCAAAAAACGACGCACCAUUAAAGUAUAACGACACUUGGCACUUGUGUGGAAAUCUUUCAGCAAAUUGCUUGCAAUUUUGGAAACAGCAGGAAUGUUUUUACCAAUGUUCUCCUUACGUGUACAUGUGGAAAAACCCAUUGUAUAAAGGAGCUAUUAAAGAUGUUCCCAUUUGUGCAGAAGAUUGCGAUGCUUGGUAUAAUGCUUGUAGAGAUGAUUUAAUCUGUGUAGAGAAUGUCCUGGAGGAUUACAACAAAACAGUCAAUUAUCGUAAAGCAUGUCCCAAUACACCAGGUUGUAUAAAGUACUCACAGAUGUACGGCAGUGGUAAAAACCUGUGUACCAAAAUGUGGGGCGAUUCAUAUAAAUAUGUCCAAAAAAAUGGUGACAAUUGUAUGAAGUUUUGGUUCGAUCGAAAUUCACCAAAUCCUAAUGCAAAGGUGGAUAGCUCUUCUAUGAAAAGUGCUCCUGAAAAUUUCCUGAUGCUGAUAGUCGUAAGCAUCAUCUACAAUGUCGUAAAGUUCUAAUUUUUUAACUUUCAUAAAGCCAGUAAUGUAGAUAGCAUUGAUUCAGUUCAAACUCCUUUUACACUUUCGAGACAAUUUUGUAUUAAAUGGAUGCUUGCUGUAGUUCUUUAAAUGAAGUAAAUAUAAUAACUUACCACGAUUACAACUAAACUAAAUAUGAUAAGACUGAAAAAUUGAUGCAGAUGAUCACAAGGAAAACGUAGUAGACAUAAUUCUAGCAUGGUUCACACAUCCAAAUAAAAAAUCAAUGCUACUGUUUUAUAUUGUAUUGUUUUUACUUCGCAGGAUAAUUUUCAUUCAACUGUAUAAGUAAUUUUCUAAAGAGAUGUAGAAAUUGAGUACCACAAUAAAUAUUUACUAGCAA